GUGGAUGUGGGAAGAGAGGUUUGCAGCACUGAAAUGGAGGUCAGAGCUUCAUUACAGAAGAUUAGUGGGUCAUCGGAUUCUGUGACUACACUGAACAGUGAAGAAUUUGUUUUGGUUCCUCAGCAUGCAGAUGAUACUUCUACAAAAGAUGAUGAAAAACCUGAACUGAAGAUAGUUUCUAAUGGUGAUGAACAACUGGAAAAAGCCAUGGAAGAGAUUUUGAGAGAUUCUGAGAAAGGACAAAGCAGCUUUCUUGUUGAUUGUCCGAGUUCCAGUGAGAUUUCAGACAAUUCAUUUGGAGAUGUUUCGGCCAGCCAAAUAAAUAAGCCGUCUCUUCAAUUAAUUUUGGAUCCGUCGAAUACAGAAAUUUCUACACCCAAACCAUCUUCUCCAAGUGGAAUACCUGAAGAAGAUAGUGUUUUAUUUAACAAACUGACCUACUUAGGAUGUAUGAAGGUUUCUUCCCCACGUAAUGAAGUGGAGGCUUUACGGGCAAUGGCAACUAUGAAAUCUUCCAGUCAGCACCCCUUUCCUGUUACUCUGUAUGUGCCAAAUGUUCCGGAAGGUUCUGUGAGAAUCAUAGACCAAUCCAACAACAUGGAGAUAGCAUCUUUUCCAAUUUAUAAGGUGUUAUUCUGUGCACGUGGACAUGAUGGGACAGUAGAGAGCAAUUGCUUUGCAUUUACAGAGAGUUCCCAUGGUUCAGAAGAAUUCCAGAUACAUGUUUUCUCCUGUGAAAUUAAAGAGGCAGUAAGCAGAAUUUUGUAUAGUUUCUGUACAGCUUUCAAACGGUCUUCUAGACAAGUAUCUGAUGUUAAAGACUCAGUUAUUCCUACCCCUGACAGUGAUGUAUUUACCUUCAGUGUCUCCUUGGAGGUAAAAGAAGAUGAUGGAAAAGGAAACUUUAGUCCUGUGCCUAAGGAUAGAGAUAAAUUUUAUUUCAAAUUAAAACAAGGAAUAGAGAAGAAGGUUGUGAUUACAGUGCAGCAACUUUCUAACAAAGAAUUAGCUAUUGAAAGAUGUUUUGGAAUGUUAUUAAGCCCAGGUCGAAACGUGAAGAACAGUGACAUGCAUUUACUGGAUAUGGAAUCCAUGGGAAAGAGCUAUGAUGGGAGAGCUUAUGUUAUCACCGGCAUGUGGAACCCCAAUGCACCAAUAUUUCUGGCACUUAAUGAAGAAACCCCAAAAGAUAAACGAGUGUACAUGACUGUGGCGGUGGAUAUGGUAGUCACGGAGGUGGUGGAGCCUGUCCGCUUUCUCCUGGAGACAGUAGUACGCGUGUACCCUGCAAACGAGCGAUUUUGGUAUUUCAGCAGAAAGACUUUCACGGAGACUUUCUUCAUGAGGUUGAAACAGUCUGAGGGAAAAGGCCAUACCAAUGCUGGAGAUGCAAUAUAUGAGGUGGUGAGUCUACAGCGAGAGUCUGAGAAGGAGGUACCAAUCACUCCUACUAGUGGAGGGGGCCCAUUGUCACCCCAGGAGGAUGAAGCAGAAGAGGAGAGUGAUAAUGAACUCUCGAGUGGAACAGGUGAUGUGUCUAAGGAUUGUCCUGAGAAGAUCCUAUAUUCUUGGGGAGAAUUGCUAGGAAGAUGGCACAAUAAUCUUGGUGUGCGACCGAAAGGGCUGUCUACUCUGGUGAAGAGUGGUGUUCCUGAAGCAUUGAGGGCAGAGGUAUGGCAAUUAUUAGCAGGCUGCCAUGACAACCAGGCAAUGCUGGAUAGGUACCGACUUCUUAUCACAAAGGACUCAGCCCAGGAGAGUGUUAUUACUCGAGAUAUUCAUCGUACAUUUCCUGCACAUGAUUACUUUAAAGAUACUGGAGGAGAUGGCCAGGAAUCUCUGUACAAGAUCUGCAAGGCCUACUCUGUCUAUGACGAAGACAUUGGGUACUGUCAAGGACAGUCUUUUCUUGCUGCUGUAUUGCUGCUGCAUAUGCCAGAGGAACAAGCAUUCUGUGUCUUGGUGAAAAUCAUGUAUGACUAUGGUUUACGAGACCUCUACAAAAACAACUUUGAAGAUCUUCACUGCAAAUUCUAUCAGUUGGAGAGACUCAUGCAGGAGCAGUUACCGGACCUGCACGGCCAUUUUUCUGAUCUGAACCUGGAAGCUCAUAUGUAUGCAUCCCAGUGGUUUCUCACUCUUUUUACUGCCAAGUUCCCACUCUGCAUGGUCUUCCACAUCAUUGACUUACUGCUUUGUGAGGGUUUGAACAUAAUCUUUCAUGUAGCCUUGGCUCUCCUAAAGACCUCAAAGGAAGAUCUUCUGCAGGCUGAUUUUGAAGGUGCUUUAAAGUUCUUCAGAGUCCAGCUUCCAAAGAGGUACAGGGCAGAGGAAAAUGCAAGAAGGUUAAUGGAGCAGGCUUGCAAUAUUAAGGUACCGACCAAGAAGCUAAAGAAAUAUGAGAAAGAAUAUCAGACAAUGCGAGAGAGUCAGCUGCAGCAGGAAGACCCAAUGGAUAGAUACAAGAGGGAGAACCGGAGAUUACAAGAGGCCAGCAUGAGGUUGGAACAAGAGAAUGAUGACCUUGCCCAUGAACUAGUAACCAGCAAAAUUGCUCUGCGGAAUGACUUGGAUCAGGCAGAAGACAAGGCAGACGUGCUGAAUAAGGAGCUCCUCUUGACCAAACAGAGGCUGGUAGAGACUGAAGAAGAGAAGAGGAAACAAGAGGAGGAGACAGCUCAGCUGAAAGAAGUCUUCAGGAGACAGCUAGAGAAGGCAGAAUAUGAAAUAAAGAAGACUACAGCUAUCAUUGCCGAGUAUAAACAGAUCUGUUCCCAGUUGAGUACCAGACUGGAGAAACAGCAAGCAGCCAGCAAGGAGGAGCUGGAAGUGGUAAAGGGUAAAAUGAUGGCAUGUAAACACUGCAGUGACAUUUUCAGCAAGGAGGGUGCUUUGAAAGUAGCAGCCAUAAGCAGAGAGGACCAGGGAAUUGAAUCGGAUGAUGAGAAGGACUCUCUUAAGAAGCAGCUGAGGGAGAUGGAGCUGGAAUUGGCACAAACCAAACUGCAGCUGGUGGAGGCCAAGUGUAAAAUCCAGGAACUUGAACAUCAGAGGGGAGCCCUUAUGAAUGAAAUCCAAGCUGCAAAAAACUCUUGGUUUAGCAAAACCCUUAACUCUAUCAAAACGGCCACGGGAACGCAGCCACUGCAGCCGCCGCAGGCCACCCAGCCCGCCAAGGAGAGCACGUAGGCCCAGCCUCACCCAAGUACAAGAGCACAAUGAUCAAAGCUACGGAAACCCAGGAUGAUUCCUGGUGUCCCUUUAAAAGGAAGGAAAGGAGGCCAGAAAG